AUGGCACAGUAUCAUGCUAAUAUAAUUCGAUCAAACUCACUGCGUCGUCGGCUCCUACAAGAUAUCGCGGAGAUCAAGCAAGACCCAUACCCAAAUGUCCACAUCGAGUUCGAUGAUAACGACAUAACAAAGGCGUGCCUCAUCCUCACCCCGGAAGGACAGAAGCCGCUUCAUCUCAAGAUCAACUUUCCAGGCCGAUAUCCACUAAUUGCGCCAAACAUCACCAUCCAAAGCCGCAUCAAUCAUCCCAACGUGUUCAAUGAAUACAUUUGUGCUACGAUGCUCAAUACCGAAGAGGGUUGGACGCCAGCUUAUACCUUGAAAGGUAUCGUCAUCCAAUUAUUGAGUUUCUUCUGCAGCGACUCGCUAGAGCAAGACCAUGGUAAUGGUACUAUUGAUCUGACUCAAUACCGGCAGGAGACUACUCAGAUGUGUGGUAGACGUGCAGAUAAUUUUGCAUGCUCUUUGUGUGGGUUUGGAACGAAUUCGCCGCCAACACCGGCUGAUGAAAUGGAGGUCGACUUCGCGCCCCCGUCGACUGUCGUCACCUUGCCUCAGGUUCAAUAUCCGAACCGGCUUUCGAGGUUGUUCACGCUGCCAGAUGAGAUUGUUCUCGCGAUACUCACUGAGUCCAAGACCCGUGACGUUUUGGCCUUUGCCGAUGCUGUUCCUUCCAUCAAGACCAUGAUCAACUCAUACGACUUCAUUCGGAUUCGCGAACUGCAAUGCUUUUGUCUCAAGCGAUCGUUUUUGAACACCAAGCUUGGAGUAGGCAUCUCCAUCAAGGACGGUAAUCGACCAGUCUUCCGAUCCGAGUUUGACUUGUUGAGUUGGGAGGCAUACUACACGCAUGGUGUGCGACACAGCGUUCAGGGUGUUUCUUUCGACAAGUGGCUACCUCUACCGCUCAACCGACGCCAUUGGAACCAAGUCAAGACAGAUGCGAUGGCAUGCAUUCAGGACAUUCACACCACGGCGAACAUGGCGAGCUAUGAGCCCUACUAUGUGGAUGUAUUGUAUCACACCAUGAAUACUGUCGUUGUCCAGUUCUCAUCCGACGCAGAGAAGGGCUACAAUGGUCCUGAUGCGCGCAGCACCCUGAGCCAUGCGUCGGAAAAGGCCGUUGACGCAUACUUUGGUCUCUUUCAUCUUCUGCUAUGUCUCGCGACCGAGCACAAAGAGAUCAUCGCUAGCGCCAACAACAUAAUCCAGCGCUUCAUGGCCGGUCCGCGUACGAAGGCGCACUUCCCUGAUCUUGGCCACGUGCUGGUAGCGACUCUUAUCUGCGACGCGGGUUUGACCGAAGAGUUGACGUACGAAGUCAUAAAGGAAGCGAUCCUACGCAACGUUGUCUGGAUGCUCGACUACAAAGGCGCUGGUAUGGCUGAGCUCGCGUAUUUGGAGCCUUCUGCAAUCUCUAGAUACCGUACCAACAUGACAUACGCCGCAUCACCCACCUCAUAUCGCCUCAUGAUGUUCAUGAAGCUUUUCAGCUCAGCAGCUCGCCCGCCCAACAAGACUCUCAUUGAGCUCCGCAACUCCUUCUUCGACGCGCAUGGAGCCCCUCCGACUGGCACAUCAACACGCAUGGCCGAAGACAUUCGUGAGAUCCACGAGUUUAGCACCUUCCCGCAAUUCUUGGCCAAGAUGGGUCUCAAGCAACUGCCUUCUCAGUCUCAAUUCACGACAUUCCUGCGCCGUACCAUUACUGACAGUAUCAACGCUGGUUACUCGAUUAUGCCGUUGACCCAGAGCCAGCUCUACCUCAUGCGUCAAGCCAAGGAACCUCAUGUGGAGGUCUCCGAAGAUGUGAUUGUCACAUAUCAUGACCGGCGGUGGUUUCGCGACCGUAGUUGGCAAAAGCCGUCCUUCUUCCCGAACAGGGGCGGUCACGGUGGUAGAGGUGGUAGGGGUGGUAGGGGUGGUCGCGGGCCGCGUGGUAGUAGAGGCCGUCGCUAA